UCUAGUGCUUGGUCUGGUUGUAAUUGGCCUGCUACUAAAUCAGUUGUCAACCCACCUUAUAUAAACAAAAAAGUCACAACUCACCUACCAGCCGGCAGAAUCAGACUGACUGAUAAUUUCGCAACACACCUGUAUCUACGAUGGGAAUCGACGCUCUCAGCAAAAAUGACCCGUCCUCAUUUUCCAAUACAGAGGAUGUGGUCGUUCGUCAUGCCCACAUUUCUUGGCUGGUAGAUUUCAAGAAGCAAACAUUGGCAGGUUCGGUCAGACUAACCUUGGAAAAGGUCAUUGACACUGUGAACAAAGUGGUGCUGGAUAUAAAAGAUAUUGAUGUAACCAAGGUUACUUUUGAUGGAGAGAUACUUGAGUUUGUUAAAGGACCAACUGUGGGAACCUUUGGCGAAAGUCUGACCAUCACUCUGCCUGUAAAUGUCCCUAAGACUUUUAAUGUGAUCAUCCAGUAUGAAUCCUCUUCAAAGGCUUACGCCCUGCAAUGGCUUUCUCCGGAGCAGACGGCAGGAAAGACUCACCCUUACAUGUUCAGUCAGUGCCAGUCCAUCCACUGCAGAACAAUUAUGCCUUGCCAAGACACACCGGACGUCAAGUUUACCUAUUCUGCAGAAGUGGACGCUGACGCCAAACUGACUGUUUUGCUCAGCGGGGUGAGCACUGGCACACCUGAAGCUCUUCCUGGAACGACCCUAAGAAGACACAAGUUUGAACAAAGAGUAACGAUUCCAUCCUACUUGUUGGCCAUCGUAGUUGCCAAAAUUUCCUUCCGCACCAUCAGUCCGCGGGUCAACGUUUGGGCUGAGGAGCAGAACGUCGAAGCUGCUGCUUGGGAAUUUGGACAAGCUGAGGAACAACUGAAGUUCGCAGAGGAGAUUUGUGGCCCAUACGAGUGGGGUCGUUACGACUUGCUGAUUCUGCCUCCGAGCUUUGGUUAUGGAGGAAUGGAGAACCCUUGCAUCACUUUUGUGACCCCAACUUGUGUGGUCGGUGACCGCACUCAAGCGGACGUCAUUGCCCAUGAAAUUUCUCACUCGUGGACCGGCAACUCAGUCGGAAUCAAGAAUUUUGAGCACUUUUGGCUAAAUGAGGGUUGGACCAUGUUUGUGCAGAGGAAGAUCGAGUCGAAGCUGUUUGGAGAGAAGCACAGACACUUCUCUGCCAUUCUCGGUCUCAAUGAACUUAGAAAUACCGUCAAUGACAGCAAGCAUCCAGAAAUUGAAACCAACCUUGUCAAGAACUUAGUUGGUAUCGACCCUGAGGAUGUUUUUAACACCGUCCCUUAUGAAAAAGGUCACACUCUCCUUUUUUACUUGGAGACCCUUCUUGGUGGUCCUGAGGCGUUUGAUCCUUUUGUGAAGAGCUACUGUCAGCACUUCAAGGGCAGAGCAAUUACGACUGACGAUUUUAAGGCUUACCUGUAUGAAUUCUUUGCCAGCAAAAAGGACGUGCUUGACUCGGUCGACUGGCAAACUUGGUUCUUUGGACUGGGCAUGCCUCCAGUUAUUCCAGACUAUGACAAAACCUUGUCGGAACAAUGCACUAUACUUGUGCAGAAGUGGCUGAAGUGCCCUGAAGCUGAAAUCGACACCCUUAACUCCAGCCCUGGCUACAAGGACCUCUCUCCUCUCCAGCAAAGGGAGUUCUUUGACCAGCUUGGUUUGAGUGAUGAGAUCAUUUCCAUCAAGAAACUGGAAAAACUCGACGAGUGGUACAAUUUGAAGACGGUUCGGAACACUGAGGUCAAGUUUCGUUGGCUCCGUCUCUGCAUCAAGGCGCAGUGGGAGGCAAAAAUUGGAGAUGCCAUCGAGUUUGCCACCAUCCAAGGUCGAAUGAAAUUCGUCAGACCGCUUUUCAGGUCAAUGUACGCUUGGCCUGCUGCAAGAGACAGAGCUGUGGAAGCUUUCAAGGCGCACCGGGAUGAGUACAUGUAUAUCACCGCCCGCCUUGUCGCUCUUGAUCUGCAUUUGGAAACUUAAAAAAUGGCUUUAACUUUCAAUCUAUUUUUUUGUAACUCAAUCAAAUUAAAAUACUUACAAUAUAUGGUUUUUAAAGGAA